AUGGCACAGUCUCUGGCUGCGCAGGAUGAGGCUGAGCUGUGGUUUUGCUCCAAUAAGCUGUUGCUAAAUACAGAUAAGACAAAGAGAAUGGUGUUCUCCAUGCGAAGCCUGCCUGGAGACAGUGAUUUGGUUGGUGAAGCCAAGUUUCUGGGGGUUACUUUGGAUCCAAGAUUGCAAUGGGGCCUUCACAUUGACAGAGUUGCUGGAAAGGCCACCAAAGGUAUAUAUGUGCUACGGAGUUUGUCUUCUUGUGUUUCUGUAGAAAUAUUGAGAAUGGCUUACUUUGCCAUUUGCCAUUCACAUAUAUCCUACGCCAUUCUGGCUUGGGGGCAUUCUUCAGGGGUCCAUAGACUGUUCGCCUUGCAAAGAAGAGCAGUUAGGGUUGUGAGCCGUCUGGGCUACAGGGACGAUUGCAGAGAUACCUUUGUUAAGUUGGAAAUCCUUACUGUGCCUUGUUUAUAUAUUUUUGAAAAUCUACUAUUCGUUAAAAGAAACUCCAACUAUGUAACUCAUGGGGACGUCCAUGAGCACAAUACUAGGCAUAAGAACAAUCUAGUACCUCCUUAUUGGCGACUGAGGAGGUGUCAAGAUGGACCUGGUUAUUGGGCGGUCAAAUUUUUUAAUGUACUUCCAGACGGCUUAAAAUCGCUUCCGUUUAAAGAUUUUAAAGUUCAAAUCAAGAAAAUUCUUAUUAAUAACUCAUUUUACACGUUUGAAGAGUUUUUAAGACAUAAAUUUUAA